AUGUUUAUGGCCAGGUCAGAAUAUGAUCGGGGUAUCAACACCUUCUCCCCAGAAGGCCGUCUCUUCCAGGUCGAAUACUCCCUAGAGGCUAUCAAGCUUGGCUCGACGGCGAUCGGCGUCGCCACAUCCGAGGGAGUGAUCCUGGGCGUCGAGAAGCGUGUCACCUCCACCUUGCUCGAAACCUCCUCUGUCGAGAAGAUUGUCGAGAUUGACCGCCACAUUGGCUGCGCCAUGUCCGGCCUCCAGGCUGACGCCCGCUCGAUGGUCGAGCACGCCCGCGUCGAGUGCCAGAGCCACUCGUUCAACUACAACGAGCCCUUGGGCGUGGAGAGCACGACCCAGGCCAUCUGCGACUUGGCCCUGCGAUUCGGCGAGGGUGCCGACGGCGAGGAGACGAUUAUGAGCAGACCGUUUGGUGUCGCUCUGCUCAUUGCCGGCCACGACGAGAACGGGCCUCAGCUGUUCCAUGCUGAGCCAAGUGGGACAUUCUAUCGCUACGAUGCCAAAGCUAUUGGCUCUGGAUCGGAGGGUGCACAGGCGGAGCUGCAGAACGAAUACCACAAGUCCCUUACCCUCGAGGAUGCUGAGACCCUGGUCCUCAAAACCCUGAAGCAGGUUAUGGAGGAAAAGCUCGACCACAAAAACGUACAGCUGGCAAGCGUCACCAAGGACAAGGGCUUCAGGAUAUACACAGAUGAGGAGAUGGCUGAGGUUGUGGAGCGGCUACCCGCCAAUUGA